AUGCCAGUUUAUGAUUCCACAACAGACCAGAACUACACUCUGAAGGUGACCUUGGGUAGUUGUGUUUACUGGUCAGAAGCAUGUGACAAGUGGAUAUCAUCUGGUUGUCGAGUAAGUGAAAAUUAAAUAACGCUUUUCAGUGCAAUCUUUUUUAUCUAAUUUGGAAUCGUAUUCAACACUAUUCAGAUAAUUUGAGCUUUCGCGAGUAAUGUUUGCAAAAGUGCUGUGGUAUUGUAAUAAUCUUCACUCAUUGCUUAUCAUUUGAUUCAGGCUAAUCUUUGAUUAGAGAACAUUUUCAGACGACAGUCGAAUCGAUUUGAUAGCCAACUGAGGCAUAGAAGCGCCUUAAAACAAAAAAGAUACAGUGUGAUUUAUGGUGACAGCCAAAAUGAUAAUUUUUAUCAUUAACAUCUUGCAUUUAUGAUUUCAGGUUUUAGCGGAAUUAGAUGGAUUUUUAAGCUGUAGCUGUAGCCACUUGACAUCAUUUGGGGGAAGUCUUUUAGUGGAACCGAAUCCCAUUGACUUCGACAAAGUCUUAGUCGAGUUUCAGCAGUUAUCAGAAACUGGAAAUAUCGCAGUAAUUGUGGUUAUUGCGGUGAUUUUAUUAUGUUAUGUGACUGUGCUUGUUAUCGUAAGGAAAUUCGACGAGGAAGACGCCAAAAAUGUGAGUGUCGAGCGAGAUUUUGCUUAGGACUGUUGUUUUAACGGAGCAUGGUCUCCAGCAUGACCAUUUCACUCCCAUGAUUUUGUUCUUAAAUCUCCCUCCGGUUGCUAUACAAUUUGUUUGUAAAUAAGUCAUGACAAUUUGCUAAUAGAUCAAGAUAACAAAAUCUACCUGAUAAUUUUGAGUAUUCUCAUGACCUGUUACCUGGAUAAUGUACGGAUAUUUUUCGGAGAAGUUGCAUGUUGGUCACCCUGGGAGUUAGAGUGUUGAGAAAAUAAAAAGGUUUUAAAAAAAUGAAGUGACCAUGGAUUAUUUUUUUUUUUGGACUGGAACCAAAACAGCGAAUUAAGAAUAUAAAUCAGCUAACCAUGUAAUUCAUGCUUUAUCAUGUUUUUUAGAAGGAAUCACCGAUCCAACUUCCAUCACCUUCAAGCAGUGCCUAUGAAUAUAAUAUAGUGAUUACAACAGGGGUUUGGAAAAACUCAGGCACGACUGCUCAUGUUGCUUUGGAGAUUUAUGGUUCUGAUGGAAAGAGUGGCAUUCUUCAGCUUAGCCAAGAAGAGCCUGGUGCAGUGAAUACGUUAUUCUCCCGAGGUAAUUCAAAUGUUUUUGUACUUUAUGUUAACAAAUCACUUGGUGUGAUUCAAGGAGUGCAGAUUGGACAUGAUAAUUUUGGAGAUAAUCCCUCGUGGUACCUUGAAGAAAUCCUGAUUCGGGACGUACAAUCCAAGCAGUCGUGGAAAUUCAUAGCCAGUCAGUGGUUUGCUCUUGAGCUCGGAGAUGGGCGCAUCGAGCGAGUAAUCGACCAGACCUCAAAUCAUUUGGAUUUUGGCAAUGAAGUUGCAAGACGUUGGCGAAGAGGACUCGCGGAGUGGCAUAUUUGGAUUUCAGUAGCAGCCAAGCUGAGAAAAAGCCGCUUUACAAGAGUACAGCGGCUUUCUUGCUGCCUCUCAGUGCUUUUGACAUCUAUGUUUGCUAACGCGAUGUUCUACAAGUUAGAGGGCAAAUAUGCACAGCCUAUCCAAUUCGGACCGCUGAAAAUGUCGUGGAGACAAGUGGUAACUGGAAUUGAAAGCGCGCUUGUUGUGACACCCAUGAACAUUUUCAUAGUGAUUCUGUUUCAGAAAGGAGCUGAAAAGUCUGCGACGAACAAUGACUGUUGUCUUAAAGGUACCCUGAUCUCUGGUAUCGCUUGGUGUUUGUUGUUUUUUUCUUGUACUGUUUCGGCUGCGUUUUCAAUUUUCUACAGUCUAAUUUGGGAAAAGAGUGUCAGUGAGCAGUGGCUGUCUUCGAUGCUUAUUUCAUUCGCACAGGAUGUAACAAUCAAGGAACCAGUAAAGGUGUUCUUCACAGCUUUAACAUUCGCGGCCAUUUUAAAGAGAAAGGCGAAGAGAUCAAAAGUACACGCCUGCGAAGGCCCUCAGCAAGUUAAAACUGGGUACUAUAAGAAACAUUUUUGGGCACUGAAAUUAUCAGAGGUGGAAGAGAUGAGGAGACGACAAGCUAAGAAACAGAACCUGGCACGUUAUAUCACAGAGUUGGGUUUAUACUUGGUCUUCGUUUUCUUGCUUAUGGCAGUGUGCUAUGGAAACAGAAAUGACCAUCGGUACUUGAUGACUAAAUCAAUCCAGGAUGGACUACCAAACUUUGGCAAGGUGAGUAAACAUUAUUUCAUUAUGAUAAAUCCAUUGCUGAAAUUCGCGUGUUUAAUUUAUCUUAUGACUUUUCGUUCCCAUGGAGAUCCAAAAUCAAAUAUACGAAGUAAAAUUUUACUUUGCCGGCCUCUUCAAGAACUGACUAAGGUAUUUUCUGCGUUUGUAAUGGAUAUUUUGAGAAGGAAUAUCCCUUUAGAACAGGGUACAAGAGAUAUGUUAGUGCGCGAGACCCAAAUUUAGGACUUGAAAGAAAUUCCAAGCAAUAGAUGUAUAAUCCCAUGAAGACAUUGGCAUUCAAUUCUGCUAUAGGAGAAGAGCCAGAAAGCGGCAAACAUAAUAUUUGAGGGGAUGGGUGCAAUGAAAAUAAGCAAGUGAGAAUAAUAGUCUAAGACACGCCCAUAAAUAGUAACUCGCUUGUGUGACUCAAACUUCUGCUCAUCUAUCCAUACAGCUAUACUUACAAAAAAAUUUAUAUAUAUAUAUAUAUAUAGGAAGUCUAUAUUCGGUUUUUCCGUAUUACAGUGCUUGAUACAUGGAAGUACAGCGUGAUAUGAAUUGAGCUAGGAAAAAAAAACAGAGACCAAGGUUUUUCUCGACAAGCCUGUUUCGUGAUUAGAUCAUUCUUCAGGGGAUCUUAAUGGAACGAAUAUUUGUAACCAUCGAAGAUAUAAUAUAAAAUUUGCAUAAUAAAUGUGGCGGUAAAUUUAGGUGCUUUGUUCAGCUGUUGCGCAGUAACGCUUUGUUUCUGUGAAGGUAUGAAGACACGAGUUCAUUACCCUUGUUAACUAAUGACAAUUCAAUUAACAAUUCAUUUAUAUAUAUAUAUAUAUAUAUAUAUAUAUAUAUAUAUAUAUAUAUAUAUAUAUAUAUAGGAAGUCUGCAAGUCGAUUUUCGCGUGGAACAGUGCUCAAUACGUUGAAGCAGAGCAGAAUAAAUAUUAUGAGAGGGAAAAAGGGACGCAACUACAAUCCCCGACAAGCCUGUUUCGUGAAUCGCUUCACUCUUCAGGGGUUUAAACCCCUGAAGAGUGAAGCGAUUCACGAAACAGGCUUGUCGGGAAAUGUAGUUGCGUCCCUUUUUCCCUCUCAUAAUAUUUAUAUAUAUAUAUGUAUAUAUAUAUAUAUAUAUAUGUAUGUAUGUAUAUAUAUAUAUAUUUAUUUAUUUAUUUAUUUAUUUAUUUAACUCAAUGAUCUUGUACUAAUUCAGGUGACAAACAAUACAAGGUACUGGAGCUGGUUACAGCGUGUUUUCAUCCCAGGUGUGUUUUCCGGCAGAUGGUACAACGGUCAAAGGGAUGAGAAAACAAUUUUUAUUGAUAAUAAACAAUCUCUUCUCGUCGGAAUGGCUCGAGUAAGGCAACUCAGAGUGAAAGCGAGUAAGUUUUUUUCCAUUUUUAUCCCUCUUUGCAUUUCAGUGAAAGGCUAUUUACCCACACACGUCAUUUCACAUAUUAUAGUUAUACAUAUAUAAUUUUGCCUGAUAGAGAAGCAAUCGGUGCACAAACUUAAUUGUAGAGUUAAACAAUAGCUUAUUGAAAUUUUAAAGAAAAAAUAUUGAACAUGCGCUGGUUACAAUUUUCUCGACUCCUGACCAUUCUGACAAUUAUCUAGACGAGUGUUUAGGUAGCUGCGUUUUAUUAUGAACGUUGAUUAAAUUUAGGUUUUGAUGACGGCGCUCCUUUCCUCCGAAAGCAAAUGCUACUUUGAAGGCUUCUAAUAAUUCUCCAUAACAAGAUGUCCAUAUUUGUUAAAAGUACGAAAUGUGUCAUCCCUGAGUGAAAUGAAUACCAAAAGAAACUUCCUAAUCAUGAUCUUUUGUUCCAACUUUCAGCGCAAUGUAAAGUCCUAAACUAUAUGGAAACAUCGUUCCAAGAAUGUUUCAAAGGAUACUCGACAAAGAACGAAGACAAGAUCGCCUACAUCAAACCAGGCUGGAGGCCUGUCGACAAUGCUGCGAGGAAUGACGAGUUAUUACAACUUUGCCCAAAGCCAUGGCGAUAUCAACAUGCCGAGGAAACCGACACUACACCCAGGUGGGGACAUUUCUCCUUUUAUGAUGGAGGAGGAUUUGUAGCAGACCUCGGUUAUGAUAACCAUACGGGGUUCAGCAUAGUAACAAAUUUACAAAACAACGGUUGGCUUGACAGGCAAACCAGAGUUGUCCUGGCAGAGUUUUCCACAUUCAAUCCGUCGGUGAAUAUUUUAAGUGUUGCCACAUACUUCUAUGAAGUUCAUGCAUCUGGACUGAGAGCAGCCUCCGUGCAAAUUCGUGUUCUUUCACUUGAUUCUACGGGCACACCCUCGCAUCAGUUUUAUUUGAUUUGCUUGUUCCUGUACUUUGUAUUCGUUUUUCUGUAUUUCGGAAGGGAAAUUUUCAGACUUUACAGUCAUCGUUCUCGAUAUUUCAAGUCUAUCUGGAAUUGGGUCGAGAUAUUUCAAAUUGUUUUUUCUCUGAUUUCCGUGGUGAUGUACAUAAUACGACAAAGUAAAACCAUUUCAACCAUGGGCAAACUGCAUAAAAACAUUUACGGAAAUCUAAGUUUCCAAGAAGCUAUCACUUGCCAAGAAGUGGAAAAUGUGGUACUUGGAAUUCUUACUUUCAUCGUUACCACCAAGCUAUUGCGAAUCAUUCGCUUCAACGACUAUGUUGCUCUAUUCUCCGCAACAUUGAAGAUAUCUGCACGAUCUUUGUUAUCCUUUAGCAUCGUUUUAUCCAUUUUCUUUGUGGCAUUUUUGCACUUUGGUGUCUUAGUAUUUGGCUGUGUAUCUGAGCGCUACUCUUCGGUGCUAAAAGGAGCCUAUUUCCAACUCGAGCUAACUCUUGGUCGAGUGAAAGCUAGACCAAUCAAUGAAUUAGCACAGGCCGACACCAUAUACGCCAAAAUAUUCGCCUUCUUAAUUCUCUUCACUCUCACUAUUCUCUGUAUGAACUUCUUUAUUGGCAUAAUCAACGAUGCUCUUUUGGAUGCUAAGAACUUUGUGAGCGAAAGUGAGCUGUAUGAUCUUAUCGAUGAGAACCGUUGCUCGAGCUCAAAAGAAAGAAAAGAGUUUUUUGAUGCAAUCAGUAACAAGUUGAAACAGUCGAGAACCUCUAAAACGUCAGCAGAAGUGAAGGACAAAGAAUCUGGAAACAUUGGCCUUGACCCCACGAACAAUUCUAAUCUGAAGUUUGAUUUAAUAAGUCAAGCUAUCAAAGCUUGGAGGAAGAAAAGAUCCAGAGAAACAAUAGAUAAACAGCAAUGCAGUACAAGGAGACAAGCAUUGUUCGACAGGAUAAGCAACAUGUUUAAAUCUCUGAAAGGUGAAAGCAAUGACGACUGCAGCAAACGUAGAGAAAAAAAGAAAGUAAGAUUUCAAGAGGAUGUCGUCGAGUCUUCCCUCCGUAAAUUACGUAAGAGAGAACAUGACCUGUUGCAGCGGCUGGAGAGUAUUGUUUCAGGAUUCACAACGGAAGACGAAGAAUUCGAUUAUUUAUUAAUAACAGCAGAGGUCUAUCUCUACUAA